AUGACCCAACUGAUCCUCGACCGGGACGUGAAGCUGUACAAGGUCAACUCCACCACGAUGGUCGAGCUCAUGGAGUUGUCUCUGGAUUGCGAAACAAAUCGCGAGCUGGUGCGACUGAACCGAAGCGGCAGCUACGGCCAGGCCUAUGGAGGAGCGGUCGAGCAUGAAAACAAGCUCUGCGGAUACCUGAAAGUCUUGACUGCACUUCGCGCUGUGAACGAGCCCUUGUCCGAAGUCUACAGGGUAUCUCUGGACGAAGAUUGCAGCUGCGUUUCCGGCAAAAAGUCAACGGCCUUUGUCCUCCUGUUCAAGAACGAGAAGGUUAUCUUCCCGACUACUGGCGUAUCCCAUCUGCCGCUGGACCACGACGUGAAGAUCGUCAAGUACAACGAGACCACCAGCGCCAAGCUCCAGGAGUUGUUGCGGACAUGUCAGGGAUACGCCCCGGUGCUGCGACUGAAGCGAAGCGACAGCUACGGAGGAGGUAAUGCCCACACGUCCUCCUAUCUCGUCAAGACGGUCAAGCACUUCUACCCAGUGCCCGCGUAUGGUUACGAGCCAAGUUAUGGCGGAGACUCCUACUCAGCUCCAAGUUACAGCGCUCCUUCGUACUCCGCUCCAAGCUACAGUGCUCCUUCUUACUCCCCACCAAGCUAUAGUGCGCCCUCUUAUUCCGCACCUAGCUACAGUGCCCCAUCCUAUUCUGCUCCAAGCUACAGUGCCCCUUCUUACUCCCCGCCAAGCUAUAGCGCACCCUCGUAUUCCGCACCUAGCUACAGUGCCCCAUCCUAUUCUGCUCCAAGCUACAGUGCUCCUUCUUACUCCCCACCAAGCUACAGUGCUCCCUCUUAUUCAGCACCUAGCUAUAGUGCCCCGUCCUAUGCUGCUCCAAGCUACAGUGCCCCGUCGUAUUCUGCUCCUAGCUACAGUGCUCCAUCUUAUUCCCCACCAAGCUAUAGUGCACCCCCUUAUUCUGCACCAAGCUACAGUGCCCCAUCCUAUUCUGCUCCAAGCUACAGUGCUCCUUCUUACUCCCCACCAAGCUAUAGUGCUCCCUCUUAUUCUGCACCAAGUUACAGUGCCCCGUCAUAUUCUGCUCCUAGCUACAGUGCUCCAUCUUACUCCCCACCUAGCUAUAGUGCUCCCUCUUAUUCAGCUCCAAGCUAUAGUGCUCCAUCCUAUUCCGCUCCAAGUUACAGUCCUCCUUCAUACUCCCCACCAAGCUACAGUGCCCCGUCAUAUUCUGCUCCUAGCUACAGUGCUCCAUCUUACUCCCCACCUAGCUAUAGUGCUCCCUCUUAUUCAGCUCCAAGCUAUAGUGCUCCAUCCUAUUCCGCUCCAAGCUACAGUGCUCCUUCAUACUCCCCACCAAGCUACAGUGCCCCAUCCUAUUAUGCUCCAAGCUACAGCGCUCCUUCUUACUCCCCACCAAGCUAUAGUGCACCCUCUUAUUCUGCACCAAGCUACAGUGCCCCAUCCUAUUCUGCUCCAAGCUACAGUGCUCCUUCUUACUCCCCACCAAGCUACAGUGCUCCCUCGUAUUCUGCCCCAAGCUAUAGUGCUCCCUCGUAUUCCGCCCCAAGCUAUAGUGCCCCAUCAUAUUCUGCACCAAGCUAUAGUGCGCCUUCUUACUCUGCCAUGAGUUAUAGUGCACCCUCGUACUCUCCACCAAGCUAUAGUGCUCCGUCAUAUUCAGUCCCAAGUUACAGUGCUCCAUCGUAUUCAGCCCCUAGCUAUAGUGCCCCAUCCUAUCAUGCACCGAGCUACAGCGCUCCUUCAUAUUCUGCUCCGAGCUACAGUGCUCCCUCUUACUCCUACCCAAGUUAUAGUGCUCCAUCAUAUAAAACUCCAAGCUACAGUGCCCCAUCUUAUUCUGCACCAAGCUACAGCGCUCCUUCUUACUCUGCCCCAAGUUAUAGUGCCCCAUCCUAUUCUCCCCCAAGUUACAGCGCGCCUACUUAUUCUCCCCCGAGCUACAGUGCUCCUUCUUACUCUCCACCAAGCUACAGUGCUCCGUCAUAUGCUCCUCCAAGUUACAGCGCUCCAUCAUAUGCUCCACCUAGCUACAGCGCCCCAUCCUAUGCUCCCCCUAGUUACAGCGCCCCAUCUUAUUCUCCUCCAAGCUACAGUGCCCCAUCUUAUUCGCCUCCAAGUUAUAGUGCUCCUUCUUACUCUCCGCCAAGCUACAGUGCUCCCUCUUACUCGCCACCUAGCUACAGUGCCCCAUCCUAUGCCCCUCCGAGCUACAGUGCCCCAUCCUACGCGCCUCCAAGCUACAGUGCUCCGGCUUACUCUGCUCCAAGCUACAGCGCUCCGUCUUACGCUCCCCCAAGCUACAGCGCCCCCUCUUACUCUCCUCCAAGCUACAGUGCCCCAUCUUACUCUCCCCCAAGCUACAGUGCCCCGUCUUACUCUGCCCCAAGCUACAGUGCCCCGUCCUAUUCUCCUCCGAGCUACAGCGCUCCGACUUACUCUCCCCCAAGCUACAGUGCCCCGUCUUACUCUCCCCCAAGCUACAGCGCUCCAUCUUACUCUCCCCCUAGCUACAGUGCCCCGUCUUACUCUCCCCCAAGCUACAGCGCUCCGUCUUACUCUCCCCCAAGCUACAGCGCCCCGUCUUACUCUCCGCCAAGCUACAGCGCUCCGUCUUACUCUCCCCCAAGCUACAGCGCCCCCUCUUACUCUCCGCCAAGCUACAGCGCUCCGUCUUACUCUCCCCCAAGCUACAGCGCCCCAUCUUACUCUCCCCCAAGUUACAGUGCCCCGUCUUACUCUCCCCCAAGCUACAGCGCUCCGUCUUACGCUCCUCCAAGCUACAGCGCCCCCUCUUACUCUCCUCCAAGCUACAGUGCCCCGUCUUACUCUCCACCAAGCUACAGCGCUCCGUCUUACUCUCCCCCAAGCUACAGCGCCCCGUCUUACUCUCCGCCAAGCUACAGCGCUCCGUCUUACGCUCCCCCAAGCUACAGCGCCCCCUCUUACUCUCCUCCAAGCUACAGUGCCCCGUCUUACUCUCCACCAAGCUACAGCGCUCCGUCUUACUCUCCCCCAAGCUACAGCGCCCCCUCUUACUCUCCGCCAAGCUACAGUGCCCCGUCUUACUCUGCUCCAAGCCAGGACAGCUAUGGUGACAGCUAUGGUGACAGCUACAGCGGAAGCAGCAGCUACGUGCCCUCGGUCACCUACACUUACGUCACGUACGUGCCUCCUUCGUACGCUAGCUACGCCCCUCCCAGCUACGCCGCCCCAGCUCCGAGUUACGCUGCUCCAGCAGCGAGCUACUGA